GAGAGAAGAGGAAAAUUGGGUAAUUUAGGGGGGAAAUUUACUCAGCACAAAAAGAGGAAGUGUCUAGUAACAAGUGUUGCUGCACGUAUGUUCCUCACAAAACAGAAAUAGGAAGUAUGAAGAGCACAGGAAAAAACAAAUCCACAAUUCAAAGCAACACAACUGUCGCAAACUAAACCACAGGGGUCUGUUUUACUAGUGCAGGUGCAACAAAAGUAGCUGCACGCUGUUCUUCCGCGUUUCUAAAGAGCUUAGUGAAAAAGAUGAGUGAGUCACUGGAGAGGACUACAGACUGUCCCUUGCCGCUUUCUGCUGAUGACUCCAACCCGGACGAGGAGAAAGACAGCCUGACAGGCUCCAGUGAGUUAUGUUGGGAAGAUGGAGGUCUGCCUAUGGAGCUGCAGAGAGGGAUGGAGACCCUACGAGUAAACAAAGAACUGACUGAUGUGGUUCUGUGUGUUCAGGGACAUGACUUCCUUUGCCAUAGAGCCAUACUCGCUGCUGCCAGUCAAUACUUCAGGGCCAUGUUUUGCAGUGGUCUGAAGGAGAGUAAUGAGGAGCGUGUGAAAAUAAAUGGGUUGGACAGUGGGACGAUGCAGUCUCUCCUGGAGUAUACCUACACCAGCCGUGCCCUCCUAACCCACUCAAAUGUCCAGAGAAUACUAGAGGCUGCCAGUCAAUUUCAGUUCUUGCGUGUGGUGGAUGCAUGUUCUGGCUUCCUGAGCAAGUCACUGCAGCUGGAGAGUUGCAUUGGGAUCCUGAAUCUUGCUGAAAACCAUGCCUUGCCGGCCUUGAAGACCGUGGCCCAGGAUUACAUUGUGACUAAGUUCUCCCAGGUAGUCCAGCAGCCGGACUUCCUGGACCUGCCGGCAGAGUCUCUGGAGGCUGUCCUUCAGAGGGACGAUCUUGAUGUGAAGUGUGAGGAGUGUGUUUUUGAAGCUCUCAUGCGCUGGGUGAGAGCCCGGCAAGAUGAACACUAUCCUUCACUAGCCAGGUUGCUCUCACAUGUGCGACUGCCAUUGUUGGGCCUGCAUCUUUUUAGAAAAGUGAAUCAAUGGGUUGAUUUGCCCCUGGGAUGGCUUUUUCCCUUUUCUCCAAGAAGGGGCCCCCAUCUAUCCCCUUUUCUGGGAGUGGGGAAAUGA